AUGGAGCGCGCAUCCGAUGCAACGUUGACUGUGAUUUUUUCAGGCGAUUACUGCUGCUCCAAGUGCGGCAAAACGUACAAAGCCAAACGGUCCCUGUGGAGGCACGUCAAGCAGGAAUGCGACUCUUCGAAGCCGUUCAGUUGCCUGAUCGAGACGUGCGCCUAUCGCACGACAAGGAGGUACAUGCUCAAGCAGCACAUGAGGCUCAAACAUCAACUGUUAAACAACAUGGCGGAUGUGAAUGCGCUGGCUGUACACCGGUGUCCCAAAUGCGGCAGGGGCUACAAGGUGAAGAGAUCGUUGUGGAGACACACGAAAUUCGAGUGCCAGCAAUAUCCCAAGUUCGUGUGCCCCGUUUGUCCCUACAAGGCCAAGCAAAAGUCGACGGUCGUCUCGCACAUUACCACCAGGCACCCGGAUUUUUGGAUGUUGAAGGAACGGUUUAAUUUCUAA